GACAGUUCCGCCGGUAGAAUGCAUACCAGAGUCUUGGUUGCAACUGUGGCGUCCCUGCUUCAGUGUCAUCUCUGUCGAGACUAGCAUUUGAACAUUCUGAACUUGCUGCUUCCCCAACCAUCCAGAUUUAAUCGAUCACCUCUUCCAGCCAUUUGUGGCCAUGCCCGCGACUGAGAAGCGCAUCAGCUCGACGCCACAGACUGAGGCAAUACUUGAUCCCGGUCUUCCCCUGCUCGAGGCAAACCGAGCGAUGAUUGAGAGCAUCGAGCGCACUACGCACACUUACGGGGCGACUCCCGCUCAUCAGUUGGAUGUGUACAUGCCUCCGCUUCCGAACAAUAUCGCAGCCUCAUCGGCAUCCUUGAUUAAACCCCCGAUCCUAGUCUUCUUUUACGGUGGCAGCUUCAUCCACGGUUCGCGCAGUUUGCCGCCUCUGCACCUUGCGUAUGCCAAUGUUGGGGCCUAUUUCUCCUCAAGAGGGAUCGUGACUGUCAUUCCGGAUUACCGCCUCGUUCCUGACGCGGUAUAUUCGGAAGGGUCGCAAGACGUUCACGACGCCUUGCUGUGGGUUCACGAACAUUUGUGCGGGCAGGCCGACACAUCCCGCAUGUUUGUCCUCGCGCAUUCAGCUGGCGGCAUACACGCAGCGACCAUGCUCUUGACCGAGUCCAUGUUCACGCCUCCUCUUUCUGAAUCGAUUCGAGGCGUGAUGCUGCUCGGAGUGCCAUUUGAAAUCCAGAAUGGCAAGAUGGCAGAGCUGUGGAAAGUUGCGCAAGCAUACUAUGGCUCUACUCAGAAGAUUGCGAAAAACCAGCCGCUAGGCUUGCUACGAGGCGCCGAAGCGCAGCAUAUCGGGCUGAUUCCUCCACUACGCGUUGCGCUGGCUGGCAGUGAGCCCCGCGCCAUAUCAAGCGCCAGCCGAAACUUCGCCGAACUGUACACGCGGAAGGGCGGGAUUGUCGAGACUGUCACGCUAGACGGACACGAUCAUCUCAGUCCCAUUCUCGCCCUGAGUUCGGGCAGCGGUGAAGAAUGGGGGGAGGAUCUCGUUACGUGGAUCUGGUCCGUUACUACAGGUCAGCAGAAGGAUUCUUGAGAUACACAGCUAUAUGAGUCCCCAUGCGGAAAUGUCUCCAAAUAUCAGCAUGUAGCAUAGUAUUUGAACACUGCGUAUACG